AUGGCUCCACGCACAGAGUUCAGUAUCGAUCAAUUGCGCAACAAGGCUCGCAAGGACCUGCUUUACUUGCUCGAGGGUGUCCGGGGUAAGAAGAAUGUGGUCCUUGAUCGCAGCCUCGUCGGUCCGGUUGGGACCAUCGUCAAGGUCUCGACACUCCAGGAAUACGGCGUCGAUAAGUUUUUCGUCCUCGAGAACGACAAUGUCGACUCAACACAGAGCAACGUGGUGUUCAUCGCGCGAGGAGAAUGCGGGCGUCAUGCAGAGACGAUAGCAGCUCAAAUAAAGCGGGUGCGACGCGAAAGUCAGAUCGGCCACGAGUUUCACAUCUUCUGGGUUCCACGACGAACACUCGUAUCCGAUCAGUUGCUCGAGGAGGCUGGCGUCCUAGGUGAUGUCAACGUGUCAGAGCUGCCGCUUUCUUUCUUUCCCCUGGAGAAGGAUGUCUUGUCACUCGAAUUGGACGACGCCUUCCAAGAUCUAUAUCUCUCGAAAGACAUUACGCCGAAUUUCCUCGUGGCAAAGGCCCUCAUGGACAUACAGACCAGCCACGGGCUGUUCCCGCGGAUAAUAGGCAAAGGAGACAACGCCAAGCGAGUUGCUGAUCUGCUUGUGCGCAUGCGACAGGAGGCUCUCGCUGGCGAAGACUCAACCGAGGCCAGUCGGGCGGGACUGACACCGAGUACAACGAACGAAGGUGUCAUUAUCAUUGAUCGUGAGGUCGAUUUCGUGACGCCAUUGCUCACGCAACUUACAUACGAAGGUCUCAUCGACGAAGUCUUCAAAAUCCAGAACAACCAGACCAAGGUCGACACAACCAUUGUUGGAGCGCAGGCCCAGUCCUCUGCAACAACGUCACAAGCCCGCCAGCAAACCGUCCAACUCGAUUCGAGCGACAAUCUAUACGAUCAAUUGCGCGACGCCAAUUUCGCCAUUGUCGGUUCAUUGCUAAACAAAGUUGCUCGCCGGCUAGCUGAGAUGCAGUCGGACUACGAGGGAAAGCAUAAGCAAAAGAGUAUCGCGGAGCUCAAGGAAUUUGUCGGGCAGCUCCCGGCAUAUCAACAGGAACACCGGAGCGCGCGCAUUCAUACAGGCCUGGUAGAAGAGAUUAUCAAGCAUACACGCAGCGAUCAGUUCAGAGGAUUGCUCGAGGUACAGCAGAACCUCGCGGCUGGUGCAGAUCCCUCUACGCAGUUGGAGCGUAUCGAAGAACUAGUGGCGCGGAAUGCACCUCUCCGCGAAAUCCUGAGGCUACUCUGCAUCUACUCGUGCAUAUCGGGAGGUAUCAAGCCUCGGGACUUUGACCAUUUUCGAAGGUUGAUCCUGCAAGGAUAUGGGCAUCAGCAUCUGCUGACGCUGAACAACCUGGAGAAGCUGCAACUCUUCUUGUCGCGAUCAUCGUCACUUGCCAACAUGAUACCCGUGGCAGGCAAUGGCAAUGGAACCAAGACCAACUACUCGUAUCUACGUAAACAGCUGCGGCUCAUCGUGGACGAGGUACAGGAGGACGACCCGAAUGACGUGGCCUACGUCUAUAGCGGCUACGCUCCGCUGUCUAUCCGACUUGUACAGUGUGUCCUUCAGAAGCAGUACUUAUUGAACGCGACAAAGGGUGGCACUGGCGGCGGGUCUGGCGGUGUGGCCUCGGGCGUAGGUUCGCAGGGCUGGCAUGGAUUCGACGAUGCAGUGAAGCAUGUUCGCGGACAAACUUUCUACGAGCACCAGAAAGGCGAGGACAAGGCCGUCAAAGCGCGAGCUUUGUUGUCUGGAAACGGGAGCCGGCAGACGAUGUUCGUGGUUUUCGUGGGUGGUAUCACGUUCACUGAGAUUGCUGCCCUGCGCUUCAUCGCGAAGCAGGAAGAGAUGUCAGGCCGGCGAAACAUCGUCAUAUGUACAACCUCGAUCAUUAGCGGAAACCGAAUGAUGGAUGCAGCCCUCGAGACAGGCUCCUUCGCGAAAGAGCAGCCGGUCGCUUCGGCGAUCAUGUUGCCGUUGGGAUGUAACAUUGAAUCCGAAUCGACGGAGUCGGAAUUCUGGAAUUUGUGCUCCUGCAUCGCCGAGGAAUUGACUUACUCUGUGCCAAGGGUCAGCAACAGCAGCAGCCAACGAAACCAUCAGCCAUAUGUUAUGAGGCAUCAUACGAUCAAUGCAACAAGACGUCGUCCAUUACGACCUACGUUUCUUCCGAUGGCGGCAACAGCCCCAGAUCAUACAUAUGAGGGCCUCGGUACGACCGAUGAGAACGCUCGUGUCUGGAAGGCAAAUUGCUCCACCGCAAAUUCGAACCAUCAUCACGCGGCUCACCCUACGAGUCCAAUGCCAUCCUCAGACAGCCAUGCGCGCCAUAUCCGGGCAUCAUCGCCUCACAGCUCGGCAUCGUCUGUGCUCUCGGAAGUCGACGUCGAUGCAUUGUCCGACAUCCGAUCCGUGAAUAUCGAUAGUGACGAGGACAUGGACGACGUGGGGUUCGAUGAUGUAGACGGCGGAGAGGACGAUGAGGCUCUGGGGAUGGUCUCAUCAGCCAUGGAUAUCAGCGGCAACGAAGACGAGGAAGGUGACAAUUCGCACAACAACGAUAUCGCACCCCAGAACUCGGUCGACGGUGUCGUAGACUCAUUCGGGUCGUCUUAUUCGGAUAUUUCAGAUAUAUCUUCGGUGCCGUCAGACAUCUCCAGCAAGGCUACAACCCCUGUAGAUGCAGAGGGCGCUGAGGAUCAUCGGGAGGAGGAGGAGGAGGAGGAGGAGGAGGAGGAUGACGGCGGUGACGAUGAAGAGAGCCGCGAGGACGCUUCUCAAACCCCGACCACCACGUACCGCCCGUCGUACCACCACGACAUCGACCGCCUCGCCUUCAACGUCCGCGCAAAAUCAUCGAUCCCUACCGAUAUUUCCUCACAGCAAUAUGCCUCUGAAUGCAUUUGGGCUGCCGAGACGUCGAGACUCAAUCCAUAUGCUCUACAUCCCGAGGAGUAUCUUUUGUUCCGACAUCACAUUUCACACGCUCAAGUAACGACGUACCUCAAUAUCCGCAACGGCAUUUUGCGUCUAUGGUUAAAAAACCCUCGCACAGGCGUGACGCGCAAGGCUGCCAUAGGAUGCGCCAAUGCUCGUUGGUUCGAUGCUGCAAGUGUGUGCUAUGAUUGGCUUCUUCGGAGGGGUCACAUCAACUUUGGUUGUGUGGACAUCCCCAGUUCAGGCCGUUCUUUCACCGGGGAACCCCCGGCCAAGAAGGCCAAGACUGUCGCUGUGAUCGGGGCUGGCUUCUCGGGCCUUAGUUGUGCCCGCCAGCUGGAGUGUCUUUUCAAACAAUAUGCUGAUCGCUUCCAUGACCGUGGGGAGGAGCCACCUCGCGUGGUUGUGAUCGAAGGCCGAAGCCGGGUCGGCGGUCGAGUGUAUUCUCGAGAGUUAAAAACACGUCCAGAGCAAAACAAUCCGGCUUUUGCCAACAAGCGGCAUACAGCUGAGAUGGGCGGCAUGAUCAUCACCGGAUUCGACAGAGGCAACCCGGUGAAUGUUUUGGUCAGAGCUCAGCUUGGCCUGUCGUAUCGUGCGCUCACGCCUGACACGACGAUUUACGACAGUAAUGGGAAGGCGGUCGACAUAGAUCGGGAUCAACAGGCUGAACAGCUCUACAACGACUGCUUGGACAGGGUGAGCGAGUUCAAGCACCUGUCACAGCCCUCCAAACUCAUUGAGGGCAACAGUGACCUCAUCGAGGAGGGACGUGACAGUCCUGGCGACGGCAGCCGGACGAUCAUGCAGGCCGAGAAGGCAGCCGCCGCGUUACCCCAUGCAUUACCCAUCUCAAAGCAGAGCGUGCCGGAUAAGGUGAACAUGGUGCCCGUCUCCUCUGACAGGGUGACUGGGCGCGUCCACAUGCAGCCUGGUGUUGCCGCAACACUAAAAGCUACAGAGAAGGCAAAGAUGAUGGGGUGGAAAGUCAAGGCUGGUUCUCACGAGAACGACAGCAUUGACUUGACAGCCGCUGCUCAAGAGGAUGAUGCCACACUUGGCUCCGUUCUCGACCACACAAUAACGCAAUACCAGAACUUUUUGGACCUGAGUCCUCUGGAUCUGAGACUUCUCAACUGGCAUAUCGCCAAUCUUGAGUACAGUAACGCAACCAGCCUUCAUCUGCUCAGCCUCCCUCUCUGGGACAUUGACGCUGGCAAUGAAUGGGAAGGGGCACACACAAUGGUCGUUGGUGGAUAUCAGAGUGUCGCCCGUGGAUUACUGCAAUGCCCAACUCCACUCGAUACCAGGAUGCAGCACCCUGUUGAAUCAAUCAAGUACAACAGUGCUGAUCCUCAGGAAGGCUACGCCACAAUCGUGUGCGAAGAUGGGACCGUUGUGGAGGCUGACAGUGUUGUUUGCACAAUACCACUCGGUGUCCUCAAGCGAAACACUAUCAAAUUUGAACCUCCAUUGCCCUCGUGGAAGCAGGGCGUCAUCGAUAGGCUUGGGUUCGGGAUCUUGAACAAGGUCGUGCUGGUGUACAACAAGAUCUUUUGGGACGCUGAUCGAGACAUUUUUGGCGUUCUUCAAAAUGCCCCUGCCCGUAGCAGCACCGCCCAGCAACAUUACGAAUACAACCGCGGCCGCUUUUUCCAAUGGUUCAAUGUCACGCAUACUACGGGUUUGCCGUGUCUCGUUGCGCUGAUGGCAGGCAAAGCUGGUUUCAAGACUGAGUGUACGGACAAUGCCUCUUUGGUCUGGGAAGCUACCAAUGUCCUACGCAGUAUCUUUGGCAACGACGUGCCAUAUCCUGUUGAAGCUGUGGUGACCAGAUGGGGCUCUGAUCGCUUUGCCAGGGGCAGCUACUCAUCAGCUGCCCCUGGUAUGAAACCAGGCGAUUACGACGCCAUGGCCCGGCCCAUUGGCAAUUUGUUCUUUGCCGGCGAGCAUACCAUCGGCACACAUCCUGCUACAGUGCACGGAGCGUACCUGUCGGGUCUGCGAGCUGCUUCUGAGGUCCUGGAGGAAAUGCUUGGUCCGAUUGAGGUGCCGACGCCACUGGUCCUCCCCAAAGACUCACUACUCCUUCACAAGCGGAAUCAAUCGGCUCUUGAUCCACGCCGGGCUCGUUUGGAAUCUUACGAGCUGGAUGUUUGGGCUCAUGUCCGCUCCAAGAUUGGAGAGCGGCCUGUGGCUCCUCCCAAGGGCGCCGUGACUGCCUUCAGCCUGUACAGCAGGCAACACUACGAUGAGGUGAAGGCAAAGUGCGAGACGAAUCGCAAACCAGGCAAGACUCGCUCCAUUGGCAACGAGGUCCGGAUGAAGUUAGCCAAGAUGUGGAAGGCGACAUCGCCAGACGAGCGCGAGCCAUUUGAAGAGCAGAUCGCCGAGAGCAAACGUCUCCAUGCCGAGGCCAUGCAGAAGCACAAUCAGCUCUGCGAGAAAUGGGACCAAGAGGCUUCUGAGCUGCGGAGCGCAUAUGAGAAAGAAAAUCCCAGUGUGCCCGGACCAGAGGAGCUGAACAGCGAGAGCUCGACUCCCAACAAGUUCCGACGUGCAAAGCCAGUUAGCUAUGCCGAGACCUGA